UCCUGACGAUUACUAUAUAUGUUAUUUGCUUCCAUAAAGGUCCACUUUCUACAUCUUCAUCAGCGGGAACGACAGCCCAAACUUUACUUCCAGUCACUCCAAGGCCAGUAAUGGUUGUCAUUGUUGGAGUCGAAUUGGGUGCAACAGUGAGCUUAUCGAAUCGAGCUUUCAUACCUGCCUACAACAAUGACUUAUCACCUCAAUACCAAGAGCUUUCUCUCAACUUCACAAACACGAUGGAUGCGGUGUUUUACAACAGCGAUCUGAGGGAAAUUUACAACGGUUCAACUGUCAAUGGAUUCAGUCCUGGGAGUGUCAUUGUUAACUUUACCAUCAACCUAAUACAAGCACCGACAGCGCCGACACGGGACCCGUCAUUGACCGGUUCGACAGCACAACCACCAGGCGAUGGGGGCAUCGAUGACCAGAUCAGUGCAGUUAGAGGGCAAGUUGAAGUGUCCAUCAAGGAAGUCAUUCAGCUUGCCGAAAACAAUGGAGAACUCACAACUCUUGGUGUCGAUUCGACCACGCUUGCCGUUACGGAAGUAUCUGUAGAUGUGGAAACUCAAACUGUCUCCGAAGCUCCUACAACAACGGUUACUCCUUCUACCCCAUCUCCAGAUCAAGAACCGCCUGUCAUUGAGUGUCCUGAUGAUGUCACAGCAGAGACAGAUCCUGGGGCUGCUUAUGGAUUUGUAUCAUGGACCAAUCCAACAGCAACAGACAAUUCAGGAGAUGUUACUGUGGAAGUGGACUUUGUCCCUGGUCAGUUACCCAUUGGAAGCCGCAACAUCACAGCCACUGCCAUGGAUUCCUCAGGAAAUUCUGCACAGUGUGUAUUUGUUGCAACAGUUGUCGAUGUUGAGGCACCUGUCGCCAUCUGCCCUGAUAACAUCACGAGAAGCACAGAUUUAGGUCAGGCAUAUGCCACUGUAUCUUGGAGCAGUCCCCGUGGCACAGACAACUCGGGAACCAUAUCUGGUAUCACCACAGAUCUGGAUGAAGGGCAGUUUGAGAUUGGCAGUCAUGAAAUCACUGUGACAGUAGUUGAUCCUGCUGGUCUGGAAGGACAGUGCACCUUUGAUAUUGUUGUGCAAGAUAAUGAGGCACCAGCAGUAGAAUGUCCUGCCACAAUUGAAAUUGGCACAGAUGCUGGCAGUCCGUCAUCUAUUGUCACAUGGAAAGUCUCAGCUGAAGAUAAUUCUGGUUCAGUACCUAGUAUUUCAUCAUCACCAUCUUCUGGGGAUGUCUUUACAAUUGGUACCCACACUGUCACUGUCACAGCUCUUGAUGAAAGUGGUAACAUGGGACAGUGUUCAUUUAGUAUUGUAGUAUUAGAUACUGAACUACCUGUCAUCAACUGCCCGGCAAACAUAAUUCAACCAACAGACCCAGGAAGCUCAUCUGCUUCUGUCACAUGGCAAGUCACAAGUACAGAUAAUUCAGGGGAAACCCCUACCACUACAUUAUCAGCUGGUCCAGGCUUGUUUUCUGUGGGUUCUGUUGUAAUUAUUGCCAUGGCAACAGAUUCUUCAGGAAACACUGCCUCGUGUAACUUCACUGUCCAGAUAAUUGAUGAGGAAGCUCCAACGAUCUCAUGCCCAGACAACAUAACAGUUACAACUGAUAUGGGUGCAUCUUCAGCUAUCGUUACUUGGGUAGGACCAUUCGCAUCAGACAACUCUGGCCAAACAACUGUGCAGACAGAUGGCUCUCCAGGCCUCUUACCUAUUGGGAUCAAGAUGGUCACUAGUACAGCAGUGGAUGGGGCUGGAAAUGAGGCUCACUGUAGUUUCUGGGUGAAUGUUCAAGAUUUGGAGAAUCCAAUAGUGUCCUGCCCAUUAGACAUUACAGCUGAACUGGCAGCAAAUCCUGUUUUAUGGGAUGCCACAGCUACUGAUAACUCAGAGGAAAUUGCUAAUCUCAGCAGUAGUCCCUUACCUGCAGAUCUAAUCCUUGGGGAAAACAUAGUGACAGUGAUAGCAGUGGACCCCUCUGGCAACAAAGCAGAGUGCACUUUUACUGUCACUUUAACUGAUACCACUGCACCCAGUAUCACCUGUCCGGCUGAUGUCUCUGCCACUGUGGCUACUGAUGAAUCAAGUGUGACCCUUACCUGGGAUGAACCUUCAGCUACAGACCUCUCUGGUGAUGUGACAGUCACAGUUUCGCAUUCUCCGGGAGUUUAUACUAUCGGUCAAAUCACUGUGACAGCCAAUGCAACAGAUUCUUCUGGGAACCAAGCAAAUUGUGUCUUUUUGUUGACAAUUCAAGAUUUGCAACAUCCCAUGAUCAGGAAUUGCCCAGCUUCUAUAUCGGUAAACACUGAUAGUGGACUAGCCACUGCAGUGGUUAUUUGGACACCACCAUCAGCAUCAGAUAAUUCUGGCUCUGUUUCUCUGACCUCCAACCACUACCCUGGGGAUACCUUUCCUAUCGGAAGCACUCGUGUGACUUACACAGCAACUGAUAGUUCAGGGAAUUUCGUCAUGACUUGUACGUUUGACAUUGCAGUGAAUGAUAAUGAAAGACCUGUAAUAUCUGGAUGUCCAAGCUCAAUCUCAGUGAAUACAGACAGUGGUGUUGCGUCAUGGGCUGCAAAUUGGACAGAACCUACAGCUACCGACAACUCUGGCAUACAGACAUUAAUAUCAGAUUAUUAUCCUGGCUAUCCCAUGCCUAUUGGCUCUACUACAGUAACAUACACAUCAACAGAUGUCACAGGAUACAGUGCAACUUGCAUGUUUGUAGUGACAGUCAUUGAUAAUGAAAGACCAAUUAUUUCAGGAUGUCCAAGCUCUAUUACGUUGAAUGCAGAUAAUGACAAGUCUACAGCAACCGUUAUGUGGACAGAACCUACUGCUUCUGAUAAUGCUGGAUUUCAGACUUUGACAUCAGAUUAUAGUUCAGGAAGUUCUUUCCCUGGUGGAACUACCAAUGUAACUUACAUAUCUACUGAUGAUGCUGGAAAUACCCAGAUUUGCAGUUUUGAUGUUACUGUGAUUGGUAAUGCAUCAGUUACAGUUUCAGGAUCAUUAGCCAUUGCUGGUACAUUCACUGCUGAAUUGACAGAUUCAAGUUCUGAACUCUUCCAGAGUACAGCUGCUGACCUUGUUAGUGGGUUUGAUGUCAUUUUUGAGCCACUAGGAUCACAGUACUUAGGAAGUACUGUCAAUGGUUUUAGCAAUGGAAGCAUUCUUGCAAACUUCACAGUCAACCUAGGUAGUUUGAUAGAGAGUAAUGAUACUGAUCCUGUUAAGUCUACCGCUGGAUUAAUAAGUAAUUCAAUCAACAAGGGAAUUGAGGGUGGUUCAUUUGGAGAUUUGCCUGUUGUUUCUGGAUCUUCUUCUAUCCCAGCAGACACUGAGCCUCCAAUUAUCCGUAACUGUCCCGACCCGCUUCCUUAUUCAACUGAUUUGGGCCAAUAUUCUGGUACUGCUAUCUGGACAGUACCUAUGGCUACUGAUAACUUUGGGAUCAUUGACUCUAUAGUUUCAAAUUACAAGCCAGGAGAUUCAUUCCCUGUUGGUAGUACCUUGGUAACCUACACCUUUACAGAUGCCUCAAGAAAUAAUGCUUCCUGUAUUUUCAAUGUCACAGUGAAAGAUACCGAGGCUCCUGUUGUUAGUAAUUGCCCAAGUUCGCUCACCUUCCAAGCUGACAAUGGGCAGUCAAUGGGAACUGCUAUAUGGUUAUUGCCUACAGCAUCAGAUAACUCUGGUUUGAAUGUUACAAUGACAUCAGAUUAUGAUUCAGAAGAUUCCUUCCCUAUUGGCAGUACAACAGUGACCAUAUCAUUUGAAGAUAGUUCAGGAAACACUGCUUAUUGUAGUUUCAAUAUAACAGUUAUUGGUAAUGCAUCAUUUACUGUUGAUGGAUCAUUGACGAUUGCUGGUAUGUUCUCAUCUGACCUGAAUGACCCUACUACGGUACUCUACCAGAACACAGCUGGUGGUCUUGUUAAAGGAUUCAAUGCUAUAUUUGAGCCCCUAGGAUCCCAGUAUUUAGGGGUAAUUGUGACAGGAUUCAUGAAUGGAAGCAUUGAUGCAGGAUUUUCAGUAAUCCUGGAUAGUUUGAUAGAGCAUAAUGGCAGCAAUCCUUUGGUUGCCACAAGAGAAUCAAUCAAGAAUUCUAUCAAUAAUGGAAUAGGAAAUGGGGCAUUUGGAGAUUUGCCAGUUGUUCCAGGAUCUUUAUCUGUUUAUCAAGAUGAGGAAAAUCCAGUAAUCAGUGAAUGUCCAAGUGAUCAAGAUGUCAACACAGACAGUGGUAAUGCUACAGCUUUAGUAACCUGGACACCACCUACAGCAGCAGAUAAUUCUGGUACUCAGACACUGACAUCUACUGCCAAUCCUGGAGAUUACAUGUACUUCCCUAUUGGAAAUACCACUGUGAAGUAUACAUCAACAGAUGCAUCAGGAAAUACAGAUGUAUGCACUUUCUAUGUCACUGUCAUAGAUUCUGAGAAUCCUGUCAUCAGUGGAUGUCCAAGUAAUCAAGAUGUCAACACAGAUAAUGGUAAUGCUACAGCUUCAGUAACCUGGACACCACUUUCAGCAACAGAUAAUUCUGGUAACCAGACACUGACGUCCACUGCUAAUACAGGAGAUUACUUCCCUAUUGGAAACAUCUCGGUGACUUACACCUCAACAGAUGCUGCUGGAAAUACAGAUACAUGUACUUUCUACAUAUCUGUUACUGACAAUGAGAAUCCAGUCAUCAGUGGAUGCCCUAGUGAUCAAGAUGUCAACACAGACAGUGGUAAUGCUACAGCUGUAGUAACCUGGACACCACCUACAGCAACAGAUAACUCUGGUAACCAAACACUGACAUCCACUGCCAAUCUUGGCGAUUACUUUCCUAUUGGAAAUAACACAGUGAAUUAUGCAUCGACAGAUCCAUCAGGAAAUACAGAUGUAUGCACUUUCUAUGUCAUUGUCAUUGACAAUGAGAAUCCAGUCAUCAGUGAAUGUCCCAGUAAUCAGAAUGUUACCACAGACAUUGGUAAUGCUACAGCUGUAGUAAACUGGACACCACCUACAGCAACAGAUAACUCCGCUGACCAGACACUGAUAUCCACUGCCAAUCCUGGAGAUUACUUCCCCAUUGGAAACAACACAGUGAAUUACACAUCAACAGAUGCUGCUGAAAAUACAGAUACAUGUACUUUUUACAUAUCUGUUACUGACAAUGAAGAUCCAGUCAUCAGUGGAUGUCCAAGUAAUCAAGAUGUCAACACAGACAGUGGUAAUGCUACAGCUUUAGUUACCUGGACACCAACUACAGCAACAGAUAACUCUGGUAACCAGACACUGACGUCCACUGCUAAUCAUGGAGAUUACUUCCCUAUUGGAAACAACACAGUGACUUACACAUCAACAGAUGCUGCUGGAAAUACAGAACUCUGCACCUUUUAUGUGGAUGUAACUGAUCAUGAGACUCCUGUCAUCAGUGGAUGUCCAAGUGAUUCAAAUGUUACUGCAAACAUUGGUAAUGCUGCAGCUGUAGUAACCUGGACACCACCUACAGCAACAGAUAACUCUGGUAAUCAAACACUGACAUCCACUGCCAAUCCUGGAGAUUACUUCCCUAUUGGAAAUAACACAGUGAAUUAUACAUGGACAGAUCCAUCAGGAAAUACAGAUGUAUGCACUUUCUAUGUCAUUGUCAUUGACAAUGAGAAUCCAGUCAUCAGUGGAUGUCCCAGUGAACAGAAUGUUACCACAGACAUUGGUAAUGCUACAGCUGUAGUAAUCUGGACACCACCUACAGCAACAGAUAACUCUGGUAACCAGACACUGACAUCCACUGCCAAUCCUGGAGAUUACUUUCCUAUUGGAAACAACACAGUGACCUACACAUCAACAGAUGCAUCAGGAAAUACAGAUGUAUGCACUUUUUAUGUCGUUGUCAUUGACAAUGAGAAUCCAGUCAUCAGUGGAUGUCCCAGUGAUCAGAAUGUUACCACAGACAUUGGUAAUGCUACAGCUGUAGUAACCUGGACACCACCUAUAGCAACAGAUAACUCUGGUAACCAGACACUGACAUCCACUGCCAAUCCUGGAGAUUACUUCCCUAUUGGAAACAACUCCGUGACUUACUUUGCAACAGAUGUGGCUGGAAAUUCAGAAACAUGCACCUUCAUCAUAGUUGUUUCUGACAAUGAGAAUCCAGUCAUCAGUGAAUGUCCUAGUGAACAGAAUGUUACCACAGAGAGUGAUAAUGCUACAGCUGUAGUAACCUGGACACCACCUACAGCAACAGAUAACUCUGGUAAUCAAACACUGACAUCCACUGCCAAUCCUGGAGAUUACUUUCCUAUUGGAAACAACACAGUGAAUUAUACAUCGACAGAUCCAUCAGGAAAUACAGAUGUAUGCACUUUCUAUGUCAUUGUCAUUGACAAUGAGAAUCCAGUCAUCAGUGGAUGUCCCAGUGAACAGAAUGUUACCACAGACAUUGGUAAUGCUACAGCUGUAGUAAUCUGGACACCACCUACAGCAACAGAUAACUCUGGUAACCAGACACUGACAUCCACUGCCAAUCCUGGAGAUUACUUUCCUAUUGGAAACAACACAGUGACCUACACAUCAACAGAUGCAUCAGGAAAUACAGAUGUAUGCACUUUUUAUGUCGUUGUCAUUGACAAUGAGAAUCCAGUCAUCAGUGGAUGUCCCAGUGAUCAGAAUGUUACCACAGACAUUGGUAAUGCUACAGCUGUAGUAACCUGGACACCACCUAUAGCAACAGAUAACUCUGGUAACCAGACACUGACAUCCACUGCCAAUCCUGGAGAUUACUUCCCUAUUGGAAACAACACAGUGACCUACACAUCAACAGAUGCUUAUGAAAAUGUAGAACUAUGUUCUUUUAAUGUAGUCGUGAUAGACAGAGAAAAUGCCAUGAUAAGUGGCUGUCCAAGUACUCAGGAUGUCAACACAGACAUUGGUAAUGCUACAGCUGUAGUUACCUGGACAACUCCUACAGCAACUGAUAACUCUGGUAACCAGACACUGACAUCCACUGCCAAUCCUGGAGACUACUUCCCCAUAGGAAACAACUCCGUGACUUACUUUGCAACAGAUGUGGCUGGAAAUUCAGAAACAUGCACCUUCAUCAUAGUUGUUUCUGACAAUGAGAAUCCAGUCAUCAGUGGAUGUCCUAGUGAACAGAAUGUUACCACAGAGAGUGAUAAUAGCGCUACAGCUGUAGUAACCUGGACACCACCUACAGCAACAGAUAACUCUGGUAAUCAAACACUGACAUCCACUGCCAAUCCUGGAGAUUACUUUCCUAUUGGAAACAACACAGUGAAUUAUACAUCGACAGAUCCAUCAGGAAAUACAGAUGUAUGCACUUUCUAUGUCAUUGUCAUUGACAAUGAGAAUCCAGUCAUCAGUGGAUGUCCCAGUGAUCAGAAUGUUACCACAGACAUUGGUAAUGCUACAGCUGUAGUAACCUGGACACCACCUACAGCAACAGAUAACUCUGGUAACCAAACACUGACAUCCACUGCCAAUCCUGGAGAUUACUUUCUUAUUGGAAACAACACAGUUACUUACACAUCAACAGAUUCUGCUGUGAAUAUAGUAACAUGUACUUUUGAUGUAUUUGUUUCAGACAAUGAGAAUCCAGUCAUCAGUGGAUGUCCCAGUGAUCAGAAUGUUACCACAGACAUUGGUAAUGCUACAGCUGUAGUAAUCUGGACACCACCUACAGCAACAGAUAACUCUGGUAACCAGACACUGACAUCCACUGCCAAUCCUGGAGAUAACCUUCCUAUUGGAAACAACACAGUGACUUACACAUCAACAGAUUCUUAUGGAAAUGUAGAAAUAUGUUCUUUUCAUGUAGUUGUGAUAGAUUCAUGUGACUUGAAUCAUUUUUCAUGUGGCUUACCUGUGUGUUUGCCUAAUGAGUGGCUCUGUGAUGGUGUACCAGACUGUCCUGACAAAAGUGAUGAAAAUAAUUGUAGUAGUUUACCAGCUGUGGUUAACUCACCAACCUGUGGACUCACUCCAGUAAUCACAUCUCGGAUUGUUGGUGGGACUGAUGCCCGUUAUGGUCAGUGGCCUUGGAUUGCUUCUCUCUCCAUAAGGGUUAGAGACUUACCUUUUUAUCAUUUUUGUGGAGCUACUCUGAUAUCUGAUCAGUGGGCUAUGACAGCAGCACAUUGUGUGCACCCACCUGUAUUUGAGCUCAUUGCUGAUAAACUUCUUCUAGGUGACAUUGAUCUUUAUGGUUCUGCAGCUACCAGACAGUUAAUAGAUAUUGAAGGUGUUUAUGUACACCCAGCAUUCAAUGAGUUUGUUAUUGACUACGAUGUUGCGCUGAUCAAGCUUUCAGCACCAGUUCAGUUAGGAGAUUAUAUCAGUCCUGUCUGCUUAGAGACUUCUUCAGAAGAAAGCAGUUUAUACAGUCAAUGCAUUUCUAUUGGAUGGGGAUCCACUGUAAGCGGAGGGUCUUUAUCACCAUCACUGCAGGAGGCUACAUUUAAUCUCACAGAAAUUGAAGAAUGUAGAAACAUUACAGGCGAUGAUGAAUUGACUGAAAACCAUAUUUGUGCUUGGGACCCAAGAGGAGGGGUUUCAGUAUGUCAAGGUGAUUCAGGUAGCUCGCUUAUGUGUCAAGAGUACAGUGGAACUUGGAGAUUGGUUGGAAUUACAAGCUCUAAUUAUGGAUGUGCUGAUGCUAACAAUCCUGGAGUGAACAACUUACCUGACAUCUACACACGUGUGUCUAAACAUUGGGACUGGGUUAACUCUGUAAUAGAAGGAACACCCCUUUAUAGAUGUGAGGACAUCAUUUUUCCAUCGUGUACAGCAGUGUUACCAUAUAACAGAACCUAUUCUACCAGCCAGACUCCAUCUUAUGAGUUUAUAAUUGAUAAUUUGAAUGAGAUAGAGAACAAGACUUGUCAUAGAAACCUAGAAGCCCUAAUUUGCGGUAGCACUUUCAAGGAAUGCCAUGUAGAUGGCCCUGGUAGGGUACCAUGUAGACAGAUGUGUGAAGAGGUUAAAAUGGCAUGUUCUGCAGAGCUUCAAGUCUUUGGAUUAUAUUUGGACAGACUCUUACCAUGUGAUUUAUUUCCUGCAGGACCAAGUAACGACACAUUACUAUGUGAAUAUGGUGUGGACUAUUCCUGUGGAAAUACAAAUUUGAUAGUCUCAAGAACUGUGCCUGCAACAAUUACUAACCCUAGCUUCCCAUCAUAUGGAAAUGACCGCCAUAUCUGUACAUGGUUUGUAUCCGUCUCCGAUCCUACCAAUGUCCUCCUGAUAAAGUUUCUGACGGUCAACAUUGACUUUAUCGUAGGAACACUUCUGGUUGGAGAGGGUAGUGAUAGUGCCAAUUUGACUUCUGUGAUAUAUGAAGUGAGGACUAGUAGUACACCCAUCGAGACAGGACUAGGGUCAAUUUGGUUGUCAUACGCUUCCACAUUCUCUAGUAAAGGAUUUGAAUUACAGCUCUGGGCUGUCCAGUCAGGUUCUACAGAUUUCUGUAGCGACUCUAGUUCUGUAGCUUGUUCAUUCGGUUUUAGCUGUGUACCAGAGGAAUGGGUCUGUGAUGGGAUUGCUGAUUGUGAGAGUUUUGAAGAUGAGCUGAACUGUACUGUUCCUUUGAAUUGUCCUGAUGGUUAUAUGAGAUGUCAGAGUAAUGAGAAUUGCAUCCCAUCAUCAUGGCUAUGUGAUGAUUUCUAUGACUGUCUGGAUGACUCAGAUGAAGCAGACUGUCCUACAAUCCAAAGCUGUCCCUCAGAUGGUGUUCAAACUAUUCCUGCCUCGAUGCCCUUCUCCAUCAUGUCUGACAACUACCCUAUGAACUAUCCCAUCAAUUUUGAAUGCUUAUGGCUUCUCCGAGCUGAUGCUAACCAUUCUUUAGUCAUCGACAUCCUUGACUUCACAUUGGAAAGUGGAUAUGACUAUCUCUACAUUGGACUUGGUCACAAUCAAUCAAAUGAGAACUCUGUUGUCCUUGAGCUAACUGGAUCUAUAACUCCAACAAGAUAUUAUCUUGGAAUGAAGUUGUAUCUUCAAUUUUUAUCUGAUUCAUCUGUUUCACGAUCUGGGUUCUCAUUGAAUGUGACAUCCAUUCCAUUUGAAUUAACUGAAUCUUGUGAUAGAGACCAGAGAGUUCCAAUUGGAUCUGAAUGUGAUGGAAUCAUAGAUUGUUUUGAUAAUUCAGAUGAACUUGGAUGUGUUUCAAUCGAUGGAUCAUUUAUGAUAGCUGGUAUAUUUUCAUCUGAUCUGAAUGACCCCUCUACAGUACUAUACCAGAAUACAACUUCAAGCAUUAUCGAUGGUAUGGAUGCUGUCUUUGAAUCACUAGGACCUCUGUAUUUUGGAGCAACUGUCACAGGUUUCAGGAAUGGAAGCAUCACUACGCACUUCCAAGUUCAACUGAAUAGUUUGAUAGAAAGUAAUGACACCAAUCCUUUGAUGGCUACUCAACAACUGAUCAGUGAUUCUAUCAAGAAUGGAGUAAAGAAUGGGGUAUUUGGAGACUUGCCUGUCAUUAAUGGAUCUGUUGUUAUAUAUCAAGACUCAAGCUGUCCCUCAGAUGGUGUUCAAACUAUUCCUGCCUCGAUGCCUUACUACAUCAUUUCUGAAAACUACCCAAUGGACUAUGAUAAUAACCUGAACUGUUUGUGGCUUCUCCAAGCUGAUGCUAACCAUUCUUUAGUCAUUGACAUCCUUGACUUCACAUUGGAAAGUGGAUAUGACUAUCUCUACAUUGGACUUGGUCACAAUAAAUCAACUAAUAACUCUGUUGUCCUUGAGCUAACAGGAUCUAUGGCUCCUACAAGAUACUAUCUUGGAAUGAAGUCAUAUUUCCACUUUUUAUCUGAUUCAUCUGAUUCACGAUCUGGGUUCUUAUUGAAUGUGACAUCAAUUCCAUUUGAAUUAACUGAAUCUUGUGAUGCAGACCAGAGAGUUCUGGUAGGAUCUAGUUGUGAUGGAGUCAUAGAUUGUUUUGAUAAAUCAGAUGAACUUGGAUGUGACUCAAGCUGUCCCUCAGAUGGUGUUCAAACUAUUCCUGCCUCGAUGCCUUACAACAUCAUGUCUAAAAACUACCCAAUGGACUAUGAUAAUAACCUGAACUGUUUGUGGCUUCUCCAAGCUGAUGCUAACCAUUCUUUAGUCAUUGACAUCCUUGACUUCACAUUGGAAAGUGGAUAUGACUAUCUCUACAUUGGACUUGGUCACAAUCAAUCAAAUGAGAACUCUGUUGUCCUUGAGCUAACAGGAUCUAUAACUCCAACUAGAUACUAUCUUGGAAUGAAGUUGUAUCUUCAAUUUUUAUCUGAUUCAUUUGUUUCACGAUCUGGGUUCUCAUUGAAUGUGACAUCCAUUCCAUUUGAAUUAACUGAAUCAUGUGAUGCAGACCAGAGAGUUCUUGAAGGAUCUUAUUGUGAUGGAGUCAUGGAUUGUUUUGAUAAGUCAGAUGAAUUUGAAUGCGGUACAAGCUGUCCCUCUAACAAUAGUAUUCAGACUAUUCCUUCCUCGAUGCCUUACUCCAUCAUUUCUGACAACUACCCUUUUAAUUACAACAAUAAUUUUGAGUGUUUAUGGCUUCUCCAAGCUGCUGCUAACCAUUCUUUAGUCAUUGAUGUCUUGGUCUUCACAUUGGAAAGUGGAUAUGACUAUCUCUACAUUGGACUUGGUCACAACCAAUCAACUAAUAACUCUGUUGUCCUUGAGCUUACUGGAUCUAUAGCCCCAACGAGAUACUAUCUUGGAAUGAGGUCAUAUCUUCAAUUUGUAUCUGAUUCUUCUAUUUCACGGUCCGGUUUCUUAUUAAAAGUGGCAUCCAUUACAUUAGAAUUAACUGAAUCUUGUGACGCAGACCAGAGAGUUCCAGUAGGAUCUAAGUGUGAUGGAGUCAUGGAUUGUUUUGAUAAUUCAGAUGAACUUGGAUGUGCUAAUAUUUCACUCUCGGCUGGAGAAAUAUACAAUCUGACAUCACCUGGAUAUCCUUCCAACUAUGACAACAAUCUUAACCUGGUAUGGACCAUAUUAGCACCUUCAGAUUAUCGCAUCAUCAUCUAUGCAACAGACAUCAGCACGGAACCUAACUAUGAUUUUCUUUAUAUUGGCGAGGGAUUGACCUUUGACCUCAACAAUCUCUUAAUGGAGUUUACAGGGUCUUAUGAUAGGAGUUUACAAGUUCUUCUGCCUGGGAAUAAAGCUUUUAUCAGCUUCACUAGUGACUAUAGUACUACAAGACAGGGAUUCUUCCUUGAAAUAUCAACUUCUGAUCAACCAACCGGUGAUUGUGGGAAUUCUCUUAUGUCCUGUAACUCAUCAGAUGUCUGUAUUUCUGCCUCAGCGUUUUGCGAUAGUCUAUCUGAUUGCCUUAAUGAAGAUGAUGAGAUAAAUUGUGAUGCCAGCUGUCCGUCAGAUGGUCUUCAAACUAUUCCUGCAUCAACACCUUUAUCCAUCAUUUCUGACAACUACCCUAUAGCCUAUAGCAAUUUAAUCAAGUGCUUAUGGCUUCUCCAAGCUGAAGUUGACCAUUCCCUGGUGAUUGACAUCCUUGACUUCACAUUGGAAAGUGGAUAUGACUACCUCUACAUUGGACUUGGACACAAUCGAUUAGAUGAGAACUCUGUUGUCCUUGAGCUUACUGGAUCUGUAACUCCAACAAGGUACUAUCUUGGAAUGCAGACAUAUCUCUACUUUGUUACAGAUUCUACACGGACGCGAUCUGGGUUCUCAAUGAAUGUGACAUCAAUUCCAUUUGAAUUAACUGAAUCUUGUGAUGUAGACCAGAGAGUUCCAAUAGGAUCUGAUUGUGAUGGAGUAAUAGAUUGUUUUGAUAAUUCAGAUGAACUUGGAUGUGUUUCAAUCGAUGGAUCAUUUAUGAUAGCUGGUAUAUUUUCAUCUGAUCUGAAUGACCCCUCUACAGUACUAUACCAGAAUACAACUUCAAGCAUUAUCGAUGGUAUGGAUGCUGUCUUUGAAUCACUAGGACCUCUGUAUUUUGGAGCAACUGUCACAGGUUUCAGGAAUGGAAGCAUCACUACGCACUUCCAAGUUCAACUGAAUAGUUUGAUAGAAAGUAAUGACACCAAUCCUUUGAUGGCUACUCAACAACUGAUCAGUGAUUCUAUCAAGAAUGGAGUAAAGAAUGGGGUAUUUGGAGACUUGCCUGUCAUUAAUGGAUCUGUUGUUAUAUAUCAAGACUCAAGCUGUCCCUCAGAUGGUGUUCAAACUAUUCCUGCCUCGAUGCCUUACUACAUCAUUUCUGAAAACUACCCAAUGGACUAUGAUAAUAACCUGAACUGUUUGUGGCUUCUCCAAGCUGAUGCUAACCAUUCUUUAGUCAUUGACAUCCUUGACUUCACAUUGGAAAGUGGAUAUGACUAUCUCUACAUUGGACUUGGUCACAAUAAAUCAACUAAUAACUCUGUUGUCCUUGAGCUAACAGGAUCUAUGGCUCCUACAAGAUACUAUCUUGGAAUGAAGUCAUAUUUCCACUUUUUAUCUGAUUCAUCUGAUUCACGAUCUGGGUUCUUAUUGAAUGUGACAUCAAUUCCAUUUGAAUUAACUGAAUCUUGUGAUGCAGACCAGAGAGUUCUGGUAGGAUCUAGUUGUGAUGGAGUCAUAGAUUGUUUUGAUAAAUCAGAUGAACUUGGAUGUGACUCAAGCUGUCCCUCAGAUGGUGUUCAAACUAUUCCUGCCUCGAUGCCUUACAACAUCAUGUCUAAAAACUACCCAAUGGACUAUGAUAAUAACCUGAACUGUUUGUGGCUUCUCCAAGCUGAUGCUAACCAUUCUUUAGUCAUUGACAUCCUUGACUUCACAUUGGAAAGUGGAUAUGACUAUCUCUACAUUGGACUUGGUCACAAUCAAUCAAAUGAGAACUCUGUUGUCCUUGAGCUAACAGGAUCUAUAACUCCAACUAGAUACUAUCUUGGAAUGAAGUUGUAUCUUCAAUUUUUAUCUGAUUCAUUUGUUUCACGAUCUGGGUUCUCAUUGAAUGUGACAUCCAUUCCAUUUGAAUUAACUGAAUCAUGUGAUGCAGACCAGAGAGUUCUUGAAGGAUCUUAUUGUGAUGGAGUCAUGGAUUGUUUUGAUAAGUCAGAUGAAUUUGAAUGCGGUACAAGCUGUCCCUCUAACAAUAGUAUUCAGACUAUUCCUUCCUCGAUGCCUUACUCCAUCAUUUCUGACAACUACCCUUUUAAUUACAACAAUAAUCUUGAGUGUUUAUGGCUUCUCCAAGCUGCUGCUAACCAUUCUUUAGUCAUUGAUGUCUUGGUCUUCACAUUGGAAAGUGGAUAUGACUAUCUCUACAUUGGACUUGGUCACAACCAAUCAACUAAUAACUCUGUUGUCCUUGAGCUUACUGGAUCUAUAGCCCCAACGAGAUACUAUCUUGGAAUGAGGUCAUAUCUUCAAUUUGUAUCUGAUUCUUCUAUUUCACGGUCCGGUUUCUUAUUAAAAGUGGCAUCCAUUACAUUAGAAUUAUCUGAAUCUUGUGACGCAGACCAGAGAGUUCCAGUAGGAUCUAAGUGUGAUGGAGUCAUGGAUUGUUUUGAUAAUUCAGAUGAACUUGGAUGUGCUAAUAUUUCACUCUCGGCUGGAGAAAUAUACAAUCUGACAUCACCUGGAUAUCCUUCCAACUAUGACAACAAUCUUAACCUGGUAUGGACCAUAUUAGCACCUUCAGAUUAUCGCAUCAUCAUCUAUGCAACAGACAUCAGCACGGAACUUAACUAUGAUUUUCUUUAUAUUGGCGAGGGAUUGACCUUUGACCUCAACAAUCUCUUAAUGGAGUUUACAGGGUCUUAUGAUAGGAGUUUACAAGUUCUUCUGCCUGGGAAUAAAGCUUUUAUCAGCUUCACUAGUGACUAUAGUACUACAAGACAGGGAUUCUUCCUUGAAAUAUCAACUUCUGAUCAACCAGCCGGUGAUUGUGGGAAUUCUCUUAUGUCCUGUAACUCAUCAGAUGUCUGUAUUUCUGCCUCAGCGUUUUGCGAUAGUCUAUCUGAUUGCCUUAAUGAAGAUGAUGAGAUAAAUUGUGAUGCCAGCUGUCCGUCAGAUGGUCUUCAAACUAUUCCUGCAUCAACACCUUUAUCCAUCAUUUCUGACAACUACCCUAUAGCCUAUAGCAAUUUAAUCAAGUGCUUAUGGCUUCUCCAAGCUGAAGUUGACCAUUCCCUGGUGAUUGACAUCCUUGACUUCACAUUGGAAAGUGGAUAUGACUACCUCUACAUUGGACUUGGACACAAUCGAUUAGAUGAGAACUCUGUUGUCCUUGAGCUUACUGGAUCUGUAACUCCAACAAGGUACUAUCUUGGAAUGCAGACAUAUCUCUACUUUGUUACAGAUUCUACACGGACGCGAUCUGGGUUCUCAUUGAAUGUGACAUCAAUUCCAUUUGAAUUAACUGAAUCUUGUGAUGUAGACCAGAGAGUUCCAAUAGGAUCUGAUUGUGAUGGAGUAAUAGAUUGUUUUGAUAAUUCAGAUGAACUUGGAUGUGUUUCAAUCGAUGGAUCAUUUAUGAUAGCUGGUAUAUUUUCAUCUGAUCUGAAUGACCCCUCUACAGUACUAUACCAGAAUACAACUUCAAGCAUUAUCGAUGGUAUGGAUGCUGUCUUUGAAUCACUAGGACCUCUGUAUUUUGGAGCAACUGUCACAGGUUUCAGGAAUGGAAGCAUCACUACGCACUUCCAAGUUCAACUGAAUAGUUUGAUAGAAAGUAAUGACACCAAUCCUUUGAUGGCUACUCAACAACUGAUCAGUGAUUCUAUCAAGAAUGGAGUAAAGAAUGGGGUAUUUGGAGACUUGCCUGUCAUUAAUGGAUCUGUUGUUAUAUAUCAAGACUCAAGCUGUCCCUCAGAUGGUGUUCAAACUAUUCCUGCCUCGAUGCCUUACUACAUCAUUUCUGAAAACUACCCAAUGGACUAUGAUAAUAACCUGAACUGUUUGUGGCUCCUCCAAGCUGAUGCUAACCAUUCUUUAGUCAUUGACAUCCUUGACUUCACAUUGGAAAAUGGAUAUGACUAUCUCUACAUUGGACUUGGUCACAAUAAAUCAACUAAUAACUCUGUUGUCCUUGAGCUAACAGGAUCUAUGGCUCCUACAAGAUACUAUCUUGGAAUGAAGUCAUAUUUGCAAUUUUUAUCUGAUUCAUCUGAUUCACGAUCUGGGUUCUUAUUGAAUGUGACAUCAAUUCCAUUUGAAUUAACUGAAUCUUGUGAUGCAGACCAGAGAGUUCUGGUAGGAUCUAGUUGUGAUGGAGUCAUAGAUUGUUUUGAUAAAUCAGAUGAACUUGGAUGUGACUCAGGCUGUCCCACAGAUGGUGUUCAAACUAUUUCCGCCUUGAUGCCUUACAACAUCAUGUCUAAAAACUACCCAAUGGACUAUGAUAAUAACCUGAACUGUUUGUGGCUUCUCCAAGCUGAUGCUAACCAUUCUUUAGUCAUUGACAUCCUUGACUUCACAUUGGAAAGUGGAUAUGACUAUCUCUACAUUGGACUUGGUCACAAUCAAUCAAAUGAGAACUCUGUUGUCCUUGAGCUUACUGGAUCUAUAACUACAACAAGAUAUUAUCUUGGAAUGAAGUUGUAUCUUCAAUUUUUAUCUGAUUCAUCUGUUUCACGAUCUGGGUUCUCAUUGAAUGUGACAUCAAUUCCAUUUGAAUUAACUGAAUCAUGUGAUGCAGACCAGAGAGUUCUUGAAGGAUCUUAUUGUGAUGGAGUCAUGGAUUGUUUUGAUAAGUCAGAUGAAUUUGAAUGCGGUACAAGCUGCCCCUCUAACAAUAGUAUUCAGACUAUUCCUUCCUCGAUGCCUUACUCCAUCAUUUCUGACAACUACCCUUUUAAUUACAACAAUAAUUUUGAGUGUUUUUGGCUUCUCCAAGCUGCUGCUAACCAUUCUUUAGUCAUUGAUGUCUUGGUCUUCACAUUGGAAAGUGGAUAUGACUAUCUCUACAUUGGACUUGGUCACAACCAAUCAACUAAUAACUCUGUUGUCCUUGAGCUUACUGGAUCUAUAGCCCCAACGAGAUACUAUCUUGGAAUGAGGUCAUAUCUUCAAUUUGUAUCUGAUUCUUCUAUUUCACGGUCCGGUUUCUUAUUAAAAGUGGCAUCCAUUACAUUAGAAUUAACUGAAUCUUGUGACGCAGACCAGAGAGUUCUUGAAGGAUCUAAGUGUGAUGGAGUCAUAGAUUGUUUUGAUAAUUCAGAUGAAUUUGGAUGUGCUAAUAUUUCACUCUCGGCUGGAGAAAUAUACAAUCUGACAUCACCUGGAUAUCCUUCCACUUAUGACAACAAUCUUAACUUGGUAUGGACCAUAUUAGCACCUUCAGAUUAUCGCAUCAUCAUCUAUACAACAGACAUCAGCACGGAACUUGAAUAUGAUUUUCUUUAUAUUGGCGAAGGAUUGACCUUUGACCUCAACAAUCUCUUAAUGGAGUUUACAGGGUCUGAUGAUAGGAGUUUACAAGUUCUUCUGCCUGGGAAUAAAGCUUUUAUCAGCUUCACUAGUGACUAUAGUACUACAAGACAGGGAUUCUUCCUUGAAAUAUCAACUUCUGAUCAACCAGCCGGUGAUUGUGGGAAAUCUCUUAUGUCCUGUAACUCAUCAGAUGUCUGUAUUUCUGCCUCAGCGUUUUGCGAUAGUCUAUCUGAUUGCCUUAAUGAAGAUGAUGAGAUAAAUUGUGAUGCCAGCUGUCCGUCAGAUGGUCUUGAAACUAUUCCUGCAUCAACACCUUUAUCCAUCAUUUCUGACAACUACCCUAUAGCCUAUAGCAAUUUAAUCAAGUGCUUAUGGCUUCUCCAAGCUGAAGUUGACCAUUCCCUGGUGAUUGACAUCCUUGACUUCACAUUGGAAAGUGGAUAUGACUACCUCUACAUUGGACUUGGACACAAUCGAUUAGAUGAGAACUCUGUUGUCCUUGAGCUUACUGGAUCUGUAACUCCAACAAGGUACUAUCUUGGAAUGCAGACAUAUCUCUACUUUGUUACAGAUUCUACACGGACGCGAUCUGGGUUCUCAUUGAAUGUGACAUCAAUUCCAUUUGAAUUAACUGAAUCUUGUGAUGUAGACCAGAGAGUUCCAAUAGGAUCUGAUUGUGAUGGAGUAAUAGAUUGUUUUGAUAAUUCAGAUGAACUUGGAUGUGUUUCAAUCGAUGGAUCAUUUAUGAUAGCUGGUAUAUUUUCAUCUGAUCUGAAUGACCCCUCUACAGUACUAUACCAGAAUACAACUUCAAGCAUUAUCGAUGGUAUGGAUGCUGUCUUUGAAUCACUAGGACCUCUGUAUUUUGGAGCAACUGUCACAGGUUUCAGGAAUGGAAGCAUCACUACGCACUUCCAAGUUCAACUGAAUAGUUUGAUAGAAAGUAAUGACACCAAUCCUUUGAUGGCUACUCAACAACUGAUCAGUGAUUCUAUCAAGAAUGGAGUAAAGAAUGGGGUAUUUGGAGACUUGCCUGUCAUUAAUGGAUCUGUUGUUAUAUAUCAAGACUCAAGCUGUCCCUCAGAUGGUGUUCAAACUAUUCCUGCCUCGAUGCCUUACUACAUCAUUUCUGAAAACUACCCAAUGGACUAUGAUAAUAACCUGAACUGUUUGUGGCUUCUCCAAGCUGAUGCUAACCAUUCUUUAGUCAUUGACAUCCUUGACUUCACAUUGGAAAGUGGAUAUGACUAUCUCUACAUUGGACUUGGUCACAAUAAAUCAACUAAUAACUCUGUUGUCCUUGAGCUAACAGGAUCUAUGGCUCCUACAAGAUACUAUCUUGGAAUGAAGUCAUAUUUGCAAUUUUUAUCUGAUUCAUCUGAUUCACGAUCUGGGUUCUUAUUGAAUGUGACAUCAAUUCCAUUUGAAUUAACUGAAUCUUGUGAUGCAGACCAGAGAGUUCUGGUAGGAUCUAGUUGUGAUGGAGUCAUAGAUUGUUUUGAUAAGUCAGAUGAACUUGGAUGUGGCUGUCCCUCAGAUGGUGUUCAAACUAUUUCCACCUUGAUGCCUUACAACAUCAUGUCUAAAAACUACCCAAUGGACUAUGAUAAUAACCUGAACUGUUUGUGGCUUCUCCAAGCUGAUGCUAACCAUUCUUUAGUCAUUGACAUCCUUGACUUCACAUUGGAAAGUGGAUAUGACUAUCUCUACAUUGGACUUGGUCACAAUCAAUCAAAUGAGAACUCUGUUGUCCUUGAGCUAACAGGAUCUAUAACGCCAACUAGAUACUAUCUUGGAAUGAGGUCAUAUCUUCAAUUUGUAUCUGAUGUUUUGUUUACACGAUCUGGGUUCUCAUUGAAUGUGACAUCCAUUCCAUUUGAAUUAACUGAACCAUGUGAUGCAGACCAGAGAGUUAUUGAAGGAUCUUAUUGUGAUGGAGUCAUGGAUUGUUUUGAUAAGUCAGAUGAAUUUGAAUGUGGCACAAGCUGCCCCUCCAACAAUAGUAUUCAGACUAUUCCUUCCUCGAUGCCUUACUCCAUCAUUUCUGACAACUACCCUUUUAAUUACAACAAUAAUCUUGAGUGUUUAUGGCUUCUCCAAGCUGCUGCUAACCAUUCUUUAGUCAUUGAUGUCUUGGUCUUCACAUUGGAAAGUGGAUAUGACUAUCUCUACAUUGGACUUGGUCACAACCAAUCAACUAAUAACUCUGUUGUCCUUGAGCUUACUGGAUCUAUAGCCCCAACGAGAUACUAUCUUGGAAUGAGGUCAUAUCUUCAAUUUGUAUCUGAUUCUUCUAUUUCACGGUCCGGUUUCUUAUUGAAAGUGGCAUCCAUUACAUUAGAAUUAUCUGAAUCUUGUGACGCAGACCAGAGAGUUCCAGUAGGAUCUAAGUGUGAUGGAGUCAUGGAUUGUUUUGAUAAUUCAGAUGAACUUGGAUGUGCUAAUAUUUCACUCUCGGUUGGAGAAAUAUACAAUCUGACAUCACCUGGAUAUCCUUUCAACUAUGACAACAAUCUUAACCUGGUAUGGACCAUAUUAGCACCUUCAGAUUAUCGCAUCAUCAUAAACGCAACAAGCAUCAGCACAGAACUUGAAUAUGAUUUUCUAUAUAUUGGUGAGGGAUUGACCUUUGACCUCAACAAUCUCUUAAUGGAGUUUACAGGGUCUUAUGAUAGGAGUUUACAAGUUCUUCUGCCUGGGAAUAAAGCUUUUAUCAGCUUCACUAGUGACUAUAGUACUACAAGACAGGGAUUCUUCCUUGAAAUAUCAACUUCUGAUCAACCAGCCGGGAAUUGUGGGAAUUCUCUUAUCACCUGUAGCUCAUCAGAUGUCUGUAUUUCUGCCUCAGCUUUUUGUGAUGAAAUGUCUGCAUGCAUUAAUGGAGAUGAUGAGAUUAAUUGUGAUCCACGCUGUCCCUCAGAUGGUGUUCAAACUAUUCCUGCCUCGUUGCCUUACUACAUCCUUUCUGACAACUACCCAAUGGACUAUGAUAAUAACCUGAACUGUUUGUGGCUUCUCCAAGCUGAUGCUAACCAUUCUUUAGUCAUUGACAUCCUUGACUUCACAUUGGAAAGUGGCUAUGACUAUCUCUACAUUGGACUGGGUCACAAUCGAGCAAAUGAGAACUCUGCUGUCCUUGAGCUAACUGGAGUUCUAGCCCCAACAAGGUACUAUUUUGGAAUGCAGACAUAUCUGCACUUUGUCACAGAUUCUACACAGACGCGAUCUGGGUUUUCAUUGAAUAUCACAUCUAUUCCGUUUGAAUUAACUGAAUCUUGUGAUGCAGACCAGAGAGUUCUAGUGGGAUCUGAUUGUGAUGGAGUAAUAGAUUGUUUUGAUAAUUCAGAUGAACUUGGAUGUGUGUGCACAGAUGAACAGUUCCAAUGCUCAAAUGGUCUAUGCCGCCCUCUAUCAGACAUAUGUAACAGAGAAAUGGAUUGUGAUGAUUUUGAAGAUGAAGAGGACUGUCCACGCUGUGAGUCUAUUCAAGAGACUUCUUGCUCGAGUAUCCUCCCGUAUAAUCAGACGUACUAUCCAAGCAAUGUAGACAACCAAAUACUUGCACUUCAAAGCUUGAGUAUUCUAAUUAGUGCCACCAUGUGUCACCCUGAUGCACAUCUCUUCCUGUGUGCAUACCUCUUCCCUGAAUGCAUCCAUGAUGGACCAACGGCCAGGCCAUGUCAGAUGACUUGUCAAGCUGUUGAGAGUGCAUGCUUAUCUUCUUUUGAGAGUUUAACUGGUCUCCCAUGGUCAGUUAAUUGUGAGGAGUUUAGUGAUGAUAAUCCUCUCAAUAAUGGCUCUGAUGGUGUGCUCUGCAGAGGACCUGAAGGAGAUAUCACUGAUACGAUGAUCUGUGGCACUAGACCCGUGUUUAAUGAAAGAAUUGUUGGAGGUGUGGAUUCAGUGUUAGGAGAAUGGCCUUGGAUUGGAUCACUACAAAGGAGUGGUGCUGGUCAUCAGUGUGCAGCAUCCAUUAUCAGCAGAGAUUUGGCUAUCACUGCUGCACACUGUGUUGGAGUCUUUGAUUACAUCAACGUUGGUGUCAUUAGCAAAUCGACAAGCUCGCCCUAUCAACACAUAUCCUCUGUAGAUAUCAUAUCUCAUCCAGACUUUAUUAGAGGCAGUAGAGGUGAUGACAUUGCUGUUCUCAGACUUUUGGACCCCAUUCCUGAGUUCAACGAUUACGUCAGACCCAUCUGUCUGGCCACAGUUGAAGAUGAAAUCAAUAAUUAUAAGACAUGCUAUGUAGCAGGUUGGGGUGCAUUGGAAGAAGGUGGACCCAGUCCUGAUAUUCUUCAGGAUGCUAUUGUUGGUCUGAUAACAGAUGAAGACUGUGCCAGUUCUUAUACUUCAUUCAGCAGUGAGUCCAUGAUAUGUGCUGGUUAUUUAGCUGGUGGUGUGGAUACAUGCCAAGGCGAUAGUGGAGGUCCAUUGAUGUGUGAAGGUACUGAUGGUAGAUGGCAUCUUGUUGGUAUAACAAGUUUUGGUGAUGGAUGUGCACGUCCUGGCAGCCCUGGUGUAUACACCAGAGUAUCUCGCUACAUUGAUUUCAUCAGUACAGUUAUUGACAACGGAGAUCUAAGAUAGACCUAAUGUAUGUUACCAUCUCUAGCCUUCUCUUUGUCUCACUUGACAAAAUAGCGUUGCAUUGGAAAGCUGUUCAAAAUUAUAUUGGACACACCUUUUGUCAUGCUUCCUUUUGUUGGAUAAAUGGAUUCUUUAAGAGGUUGAUGAUUCUUUAGUCUAUGGCUUAUGGAUGUGAUUAAUAUUUUGUACAGUCAGUCUUUUUAAUUUUAUACAUGUACAGUAUUGUAUUCAUUAAGUAAUUGUGAUGAUGGGAUUUUUAAACUAAUCUAGUGUUGUUUUUUGUUCAUAUAUAGUCAUAUAUUACAUGAAAGUAUCAACUUCAACUAAUGAAAAUGAACUUGACCUGAAUAAGAAUAAUUUCAAAAUUUGUUAUACUAUCAUGCACAGAAUGGAAAUGUAUAUUCAUUUUUAGAUGCUACUAGAUGUAUAAAGAGUUUACCAAGUUUUUUGUAUUUAUCGCUAUUUUUUAAAUUAAAUUUUAUCUAUAUUUAAGCAUGUAUGAAUAAAAUUGAAUUGUAAUUCAUUUUUUUCUCUUGCACUUCUUUUUACUAUGCAUAAGUAGUAGCAAUGAAUUCAUCAUAAUUUUGAAAUUAAUCAUUGUCAUUAUUGGGGAUCUGCAUUAGUAUACUUAAUGUACAUAAUUAAUCAAGCACAAAUGAAUAAAGCAAGUUAUUCCCAAUUUACAUAAACAUAUUGUAAGUGAAAUAUAUUAAAGUUCUUGCCUACAUCUGUAGUGUCAUAAAAUAUCACUGAGAUUAUUGUUCUAUUUUCAAUUUGUCUUCAGACCCGUUUUAAAAUGACAAUCCUUGACAUCCUCAGAUUAACUUUUCCUUCCCUCUAUUAGCAAGAUGCAUGAUUUAACAUACUAAAUCCACAAUUGCUCCUUUUUUAAAUCUCCAAUGCUGAAUUAUUUUGGAACUCUACUAAGUUUUGUUGCUUGAUGCUUAAGGUUAUGUUAAGUUAGAUAACUAACACCCCCUACCCCUCUACACACACUCAUGGAGAUCAUAAAUGAAUGGAAUAAUUGUUAAGUCAUGUAUUAUUGAAUACAGCCAUUUAUGGAUCUGUAUUUAGGCAUACUGCAUUCUAUGACAGAAAAAAAUAUCUAUAAUGAGAUACUAGUCAUAUAUUUCUAGAUGUUUAAUCAUUAGGUGAUAAUCUUGAAGACAAUUUUUUCAUAAGGUCCUCACUAUUAUAAAUGGUCGAACAACAAACAUCUUGCAAAGUAACUUACCAAACCAGUCUCUUUAAUAACAGUUAUUGAUAAUUAUAUCGCCUUACGUUUACCUCUUGAAAUUCAUAUUUUAGAUGAGAGUAUUGAUCACUGUAUUAUUAUUGUAGAAUGUGAACAUUUGUUUUUUUUCAAGCAUUAUCGACUCUGCUUGAUUAUGCGGUUGUUUUUAAUUUUGCAAGUUUUACGCAGAACCCUUUUAAAAUUACGUGAAAGCUAUAUUUUAUUUUCAGUAAAAGUUUAGAUCUAUGAACAUA